AUCCCCUCCCCCACAACACAAUACCUUGCACAAAAAUACCUUGGCAACGGCGCGUAUGGAAUGGUCAUCCAAUGCAGGAAUGUGACCACCGGAGAGACGGUGGCUCUAAAAAUCAUCGAAAGCCUGUGGGACAUUGACUAUGCACAAGUAGAGGAGGUCAUCCUUCAAAACAUGAAGAAGCUGAACUCAGACAGGUUCAACAUCGUCAGAUUGUACGAGUCCUUCUUCUACAAGGAACACUACUGUCUUGUGUUUGAGCUCCUGGAUAUGGAUCUGCAGAAAUUCAAACGGAUCAGCCCGGGUCAACACCUUCAGCUGAAGCAGAUUCGCCCCAUUCUGCAGCAGCUAGCUACAGCCUUGGACUUUUUGAACAGCGCAGGGAUCAUUCAUGCAGAUUUGAAGCCAGAUAACAUCAUGCUGGUGGAUCAUGUCAGGCAGCCACUGAAAGUUAAAGUUAUUGACUUUGGCAUAUCCUUCGAUGAUCCUGAGGAAAUGCUCGGUCAAAACGUCCAGACCUUGUGGUACAGGGCUCCUGAGAUUCUGUAUCAAGAUCAUUUCAGCGGGAAAAUCGACGUAUGGUCUCUCGGCUGCAUUGCUGCUGAGCUGUCAAUGGGCAAACCGCUGUUCCGUUCCAAGGAUGAGGAUGAUUUGGUCAGUAUCUGCACUUAA